AUGACAGUUUAUAAAUCAAGUUUAACAGCAAGUUUAAAUCCAAAAUCAAUUAUUGGUCGUAAUAACAACACUGGUGGUACUAAUAGUGCCACCGUCCCUUCCCCUCCUCUUUAUCCUAUUAAUAACCCUCCUCAAAUCCAAUUGAACAACAAUAACAACGAUCCUUUUUCUGAAUCUAAACAUACCUCCAACAACAACUCUGAUUUUAAUACCACCGAUUCCAACAGCAACACCAGAAUCCCAUCGUCAUGGGACCCUCAGGAUGAUAUUUUAUUGCGUCAUUUGAAGGAAAUUAAAAAACUGGGUUGGAAGGAAAUUGCCCAAUAUUUUACCAAUAGAACACCAAAUGCGUGUCAAUUUAGAUGGAGAAGAUUGAAAAGCGGCAGCUUGAAACAUAAAUCGGUUGCUAGUACAAUGGAAUUGACCAGCAGUGAUCUAGAAAAUGUACAAGUGCCGGAAAAAAAAACCAUUAUUGCACCAACUGGUCUUUCAGCUGGCAAUAUCAACACAAGAAAGAAUAUUACUAUCAGGUCUAGAUCUAGUUCUUUAUCUAAGCAAUCUAUUACAAAUACAAACACGAAUCACAAUACUAACCAAGCAAAAACAUCAUCAAUUGUUACCACGGCUUCAAAAUUUUUAAAACCGAGAUCAUGUUCUUCAACUAAUGUUCUUCAAAGACCCACUCUUUCCGAUAAUAACUAUUCGUACCUAGAUGGCUCCACUAAUAUCCAGGAUGGGGAAAAUAUAGGAUUUAUACCAAAAGUCAUAGUUAAAAGCAGAAGAGGCUCAUGCGUUUCAUUGAACACCAGCACUAAUACGUGUUCUACUAGCAGUAAUAUCGUGCUAAAUGAUAAUAAUACUAAAAAUAUUGCAUUGUCUACUCCGAAAUCUAGGAAAAAUUCAUUUUCUUCUAGAUCGAGAACAAAUUCUUUCCACAUGUCAGAAAGAAGAUUAAGUGUUUUAUUAACGUCAAAUAAUGUAGCUGCCGGUACUAGUACUGCCACCAACAACAAUAAUGCUAAUACUGGCACUAACAGCAGUCCUAAUAGUAGAAGAUCAAGCUUUGUCGUAACUGACAGUAAUAGCACCCCAUUGAAAAGCGGAUUUUUCAGACUAAGGAGACAAUCAAGUAAUUUGACUAAUAACCGACCAAUAAUUUACAACAAUAACAGUCACAGCAGUAUCAAUAUUAAUAACACGAAUAUUGCCACUAAUACUGCAACUACACAACAAUGGACCAAGGAAGAAGAAGCUUUAUUGUUGAAUAAAACUUUGAGCGUAGAUGAAUUGGAUGUAUUAUUACCUCAUAAAUCAAAUAAAGAAAUUCAUCAAAGGUUAUACGAGUUACGCAAACCUUCUAUACUUGGUAGCGCAAACGUUUAUUCUUCUUCUAGUGCAAUAGUUGACGAUGAUUCUAGCGGAAGUAGCUCUAAAAGUUCAUCUCCUCCAAUAUUUUCUGAUUCAGAACACCAAUCCACCUCGGAUUCUACCACCACUACUGACACUACGGGGAUCUCCGGUAAUUCUCAAACCCUUGUGGUGCAACAACAACAACAACAACAUCGUCCUGUAUAUGGUAAUUUUAAUGUUUCCAACUCAACUAUGUAUCAAUCAAAACAAAAUAGUUUACCAAGUUUAAACUCUAUUUUUAAGGAAUUUCUUUAA